AUAAUGCACAAAAUGGCGCCCCUCAUGAAAUGUCAAUGGAAAAUAUAGCAAAUUUUUAUCAGAUUUAUUGUGUAAUUAUACUAGCCCAUGCCUGGGAAAAACUUUGUUAAGCAGACAUACCUAGACAUUUAUUAUAUUCAUUCCUGUGUUUUGGAAACCCUGAAUCUCAAUCAUGAGUUCCAUGAAGUGCACUAUACCCGGAGUGAAUCUGAAAGUUUUUGGGCGAGCAAUCCAGUCUUUAUCUAAAAUAGGGGAUGAACUGUAUUUUGAACCUUUGGAAGAUGGAUUGUACCUCAGGACAGUGAACUCCUGCCGUUCUGCCUAUGGAUACUUCCAGUUUUCCCCAUCGUUUUUCUUACAUUACAUCGAUGGGUCUUCGGGUCAAGAUGGAAGGAGCUCAGAUGAAGAAGGUCUGAGAUGCAAAAUAGGCAUGAAGUCUGUGAUGGCAGUAUUCAAGUCACUGCCAACAAUUGAUAAAACAGUGGAGAAAUGCAGAAUCUCACUGAACAUGUCUGAAGCAAGGCUCAUUUUCCAAAUGUACUGCAGACAUGGUAUUAUAAAGACUCAUAACUUGGCUUUUAUAGAAUGUGACACACUUCAGGCAGUUUUCUCUAAAGAUUUAUGCCCAAACAAAAUAACAGCCCCUCCAAAGCUUCUGUGUGAUGCAGUUCUAAACUUUCAAAGUACUCAAGAAGAAAUCACCCUCAUAGUGAGACCGGAUUUCUUAGCACUUAAAAACUACGUAGAGGAUGAGCCUGAUAUCACCAAAGUCAUUCACACCGAAAUGACUUUGUCACCCGAUGAGUUUGACCACUAUCAAGUUGGAGUGGACACCGAAGUUACAUUUUGCCUGAAGGAACUACGGGCUAUCCUUUCCUUUGUUGACAUCACAGAUUUGCCUCUGUGCUUGCAUUUUGAAUGUGCAGGAAGACCGGUGACCAUUUCUAUCAGCAGUGACUUGUCGUUUGAAGGUAAUUUUGUCCUUGCAACUUUAGCUGAUGUUGGCAACUCAUCGCAGCAGCGUCUUCCGUCACAGACAACACAGAGACAACCUCAGGGACACACAACCAAACGGCCGAGGAACACAUUUAGAAGACCGGAGUCAAACACUCAGAGUCAACAAAGAACGGUGAAUGGUGGUGGUAACAGAGACCACUCUCAGGCAGCCAUUGCUCCGAGCCGGUCUAAUGCUGCUGCUGCUGCUACUGCUUCAAAUGCACUUUGUGAGGAAAUGGAUGACAACGACGAUGAAGAAUUAAGCCAUGUUAUGAAUGUCACAACUCCUGAGGAUUCCAUAUCGGAAAACAUACCUGAACUGAGAUCUGAAGAGAUUUCACAAGUUGCUCAAUUGGGGAUGGCACGUGCUUCACAUUCUGCGCUUGGCGGAAAUAAUGAGUGCACUGAGGACAAUGACAUGCAAAAUGAAGAUUGCGUCAGGAAAGACAGGCCGUUGUCUUUGAGGCUGCAGUUUAGCAGCAGGACAGACGAUGAUGAGAACCUGGCGCUUACUGAUGAUGGGAAUACAGGACUAAAUGACCCCCUGAGGUCAACCAGUCCACCCUCGACCCACGCGGCACCAGGACGACAAGUUCUGUCCCUGAGAUCUCUGGGAGCGGAGAGCCCUGACACAAGCCCACAGAUCCCACUACAGACUGAGACAUUUACCACCCCUAAUCUUGAACUGGCUGACCAGUCUGAUGAGGAAGACGAAGAUGAGAUACCGGGCACACCUCCGAGCAAAAAGUUCCGGGCUCUGCUAUUUGGCACCCAGUCCAGCACUCAGCCCAGUCAGUCACAAAGGAGACCGGAGAUUCUGGCUCUAGAUUCAGAUGAAGAUAGCUGAGGCUUGUGGAAAACGCCUGAACUCCUCUGCUAAUAUAUUGUUGUCAAUGUUAUUAUUUUAAAAAAUUGUUAUUAUCAUCAAUGGAAUCUACUUUAAAAAAACUUAUUAGAGACAUAGCUGUUUAUUUUAUGGGAGCUUUAUUGUAACAUUUUCAUUCUUUUCAUGAAGAGCAAUGGAAUAGGGACUGAAAUUACUGUAUUCUCAGAGAGAGCUUGUAGAUUAGUUACAAGUUGAUUUCACUAUGUAAGCUCUUUCCCUUCUGUCCAGUGAUGUCUUGAGGUUGAAAUGAUGUGUCUAAGUUUGCUUUUUCUCCUCAAAAUAAGAUGGAUCUAGACCUGCAUGUGAGCCUCAACCAGAUUGUCUGAAAAUUUUUCGCACACCAAACUCCUCCCCAAUCCAUUCCCCCCAUAAGAGCUUUUGCGGGUGUCAUAAAAUAGCAGCACUUGUAGAAGUACAUGAUGGGGGCAUUGGCCUUCAGAAAUGUAAAAAAGCCAGCAAAAGUCCAAAAUGAAAAAAUAAACCCCCAAAACAAACCAGGAGCAUAAUGGCCUACUUUGCUAUAAAUACAUAAUGGGGUUUGAUACAAUAACACAAUAGAAUUGGAAUAUAAAUCCUCCGUACAGUAAUCUAGAUUUAGAAGAACAGGUGAAUAGGAGUAGGCAUUGAACGAAAUCAGCAUCCGAACAGAGGGCAGGGACUCGGCUGGGUCUAUUAAUUUACGCACCUGAUGAAAUGCACUUUUACCAACAUUACAGCACAACCUAUAGAUCUAAUAGGGUUUGACACUAUAUAAUUGGAAUAUGAAUCUUCCUUAAGGGUCUAAAUCUAUAGUGGUCUAUAUAAAUAUAUAUAUAAUUGGAAAGGCCUUUUAAUCCUGAGAAAUUUUAAACCAACAUCGUAAUAAUUUCGACGGCUGAGCAUAAAAAGUGACUAUAUCGACUUUUCACAGUUUCAUUUUUCAAGAAAAACGAGUUUGAAAUUUUGACGAUUUUUAAAUCUC